AUGGGCCAGAAAAGUAGUAAAGUGCAUAUAACCAAGACAGACAGGGCAAUCCUAGAAGUAAAACGAUCUAAAGAUGAAAUUCAUAAAUUUACGAGAAGGACAGAUAAUUUGAUUUCAGUAGAAAAGGGUCAACUGAAAGAUUUAAUACGAAAAAAUCCUGGAAACUACAAAUCUAACAUGAAGGUACGAUUCUUACUGAAAAGAAUACAUUAUCAGGAACAUUUGUUGCAGCAGGCUUCAGAUCAGCUUGUAAAUUUGGAAAACAUGGUAUCAACACUUGAGUUUAAAAUGGUUGAAAAGCAAUUUGUGAAUGGAUUGAAAAACGGGAAUGAAAUCUUGAAAAAACUGAACAAAGAAUUUAGGAACGUUGAUGAGUUAAUGGACGAUGUACAGGAUCAAAUUGCUUAUCAAAAUGAAAUCAACGAGACAUUAUCUAGAAGUGUGGUCGGAACAAGCAACUAUGAAGAUGAUCUAGAUAAGGAAUUGGAUGCUCUAGAAAGCGAACUCGAUCCCGAAAAGAAGAAUAACGCAGGAGUAGUUAACAUGCCGUCAACGGAGGGUUUACCAUCAUUGUCUCAACGAGAACAAGCCGAGCAAAAAGAGAGGGAGGAAUUGGCGACAGAGGAGAAGUCAGACACUAAGGAACCUUUAGCAUUACUGUCCUGA